GUUUGGUACACUGAAGCACACAUUCUCACAGAGCGUGACACAUGGUUCAUCUCCAUUACCAACUGUGCCCCUCUUCUUCUUCUUAAACACAAUAAUUUAGAGAGACAAGUGCUGCGUCACCUUUUUUCUUUCUCUGCAAUUAUCUUUAAUUCUGCCAUUGCAGUGUCACCACAAAUUCAAACCUUGUUGACAGGUGUAACACUACGCAUGCUACAGACACUACUACAAGAUUUGGCUAACCUUGGUGUGGUGUGGUGUGGUGUUUGCAUUGAUGACAUUGGACACUACGAUAUAGAUUUAGCCAACUUUGAUGACGUUCAUAUCUAA